CUCGUCGUCUCGUAAUCCAGUGUAAUCUCGCGAGAUGAGAGUUGGGAGCGGGCGUCUGAUGUUUGUGUUGAUUCCGGCCGCAGCGCGGAGUUAAUUCUGCGUUGUUAUUGUUUUGUUUUAGAUAAUAAAAAUUAAAAAAAGAGAGAAAUAUUAUUGUAUUUAAUACAGUAAAUAUAUAAUCCGGUAUUACAGCGAGGCGGGUGAGGUUUCAUUGAUUUUUUUGGCGCGGCUAAGCGUCUGUCUGCGUUGUUUUCAGUCCUGGUCGGGGGGGACUCGGAACGCAGAAAUGGGAUAUCUAAAAUUAAUCGAGAUCGAAAACUUCAAAUCCUACAAGGGGCGCCAGAUCAUCGGACCGUUCCACAAAUUCACAGCGAUCAUCGGACCAAAUGGAUCCGGCAAGUCUAACCUGAUGGACGCGAUCAGCUUCGUCCUGGCUGAGAAGACCAGCAACCUGCGAGUGAAGACUCUGAAGGACCUGAUCCAUGGGGCGCCCGUGGGCAAACCGGCCGCCAACAGGGCCUUCGUGAGCAUGACCUACCAGGAGGACAGCGGAGAGGACAAGAACUUCACCAGGGUCAUCAUCGGCUCCUCCUCGGAGUACAGGAUCAAUUCCAAGCCCGUGGGUCUCAGUGAGUACAGCGAGGAGCUGGAGAAGCUGGGGAUUCUCAUCAAGGCCAGGAACUUCCUGGUGUUCCAGGGUGCGGUGGAGUCCAUCGCGAUGAAGAACCCGAAGGAGCGCACGGCUCUGUUCGAGGAGAUCUCUCGCUCGGGGGACCUGGCUCAAGAGUAUGAGAAGAGGAAGAAGGAGAUGGUGCGAGCGGAGGAGGACACGCAGUUCAACUACCACCGCAAGAAGAACAUCGCGGCCGAGAGGAAGGAGGCCAAGCAGGAGAAGGAGGAGGCGGAGCGGUACCAGCGUCUGAAGGACGAGCUGGUUCGGGCCCACGUGCAGAUGCAGCUCUUCAAGCUCUACCACAACGAGUGCGAGAUCGAGAAGAUGUCCAAGGAGCUGGCGCAGCGCAACAAGGAGAUCGACAAGGACCGCAAGAGAAUGGACCGGGUGGAAGAGGAGCUGAAGGACAAGAAGAAGGAGCUGGGCCGCAUGAUGAGGGAGCAGCAGACUGUGGAGAAAGAGAUCAAGGAGAAGGACUCUGAGCUGAAUCAGAAGCGACCGCAGUACAUCAAGGCGAAGGAGAACACGGCGCACAAGAUCAAGAAGCUGGAGGCAGCGCGGAAAUCCCUGCAGAACGCGCAGAAGCAGUACAAGAAACGCAACGGGGACAUGGAGGAGCUGGACAAGGAGAUGGGAGCCGUGGAGACCAGCAGGCAGGAGUUCGAGGAGAGGAUGGAGGAGGAGGCACAGAGCCAGGGGCAGGACCUCACACUGGAGGAGAACCAGGUGAAGCAGUACCAUCGUCUGAAGGAGGAGGCCAGCAAGCGGGCCGCCACGCUGGCUCAGGAACUGGAGAAGUUCAACCGGGACCAGAAAGCGGACCAGGACCGACUGGACCUGGAGGAGAGGAAGAAGAUCGAGACGGAGGCCAAAAUCAAGCAGAAGCUGCGUGAGAUUGAGGAGAACCAGAAGAGGAUUGAGAAGCUGGAGGAUUACAUCAGCACCAGCAGGCAGUCCCUGGAGGAGCAGGUGCAGCAGGAGGGCUCCCUGACGGAGGAGGUGGAGCAGGCGAAGAGACGCAUCGACGAGAUCAACUCGGAGCUGAACCAGGUGAUGGAGCAGCUGGGAGACGCUCGCCUCGACAGACAGGAGAGCAGCCGCCAGCAACGCAAAGCCGAGAUCAUGGAGAGCAUCAAGAGGCUGUACCCGGGCUCCGUGUACGGGCGUCUCAUCGAUCUCUGCCAGCCCACUCAGAAGAAGUUCCAGAUCGCAGUGACCAAGGUGCUGGGCAAGAACAUGGACGCCAUCAUCGUGGACUCUGAGAAGACCGGCAGAGACUGCAUCCAGUACAUCAAGGAGCAGCGAGGAGAGCCCGAGACAUUCCUGCCACUGGACUACCUGGAGGUGAAGCCCACGGAUGAGAAGCUGCGAGAGUUGCGCGGGGCAAAGCUGGUGAUCGAUGUGAUUCGUUACGAGCCCCCGCACAUUAAGAAGGCUCUGCAGUACGCCUGCGGGAACGCGCUGGUGUGUGAGAACGUGGAGGACGCGCGCAGGAUCGCAUUCGGGGGCCCGUACCGCCACAAGACGGUGGCUCUGGACGGCACUCUGUUCCAGAAGUCCGGUGUGAUCUCGGGGGGAGCCAGCGACCUGAAGGCCAAGGCGCGGCGCUGGGACGAGAAAGCUGUCGACAAGCUGAAGGACAAGAAAGAGAAACUCACGGAGGAGCUGAAGGAGCAGAUGAAGGCCAAACGCAAGGAGGCGGAGCUUCGGCAGGUCCAAUCACAGGCUCACGGGCUGCAGAUGAGACUGAAGUACUCUCAGAGCGACCUGGAGCAAACCAAGACCCGGCACCUGUCACUCAACAUGCAGGAGAAGUCGAAGCUGGAGAGCGAGCUGGCAAACUUCGGGCCGCGAAUCAACGACAUCAAGAGAAUCGUCCAGUCGAGAGAGAAGGAGAUGAAAGAGCUGCGAGAUCGCAUGAACCUGGUGGAGGACGAGGUGUUUGUGGAUUUCUGCGAGGAGAUCGGAGUGCGCAACAUCCGAGAGUUCGAGGAGGAGAAAGUGAAGAGACAGAACGAGAUCGCCAAGAAACGGCUGGAGUUUGAGAACCAGAAGACCCGGCUGGGGAUCCAGCUGGACUACGAGCGGAACCAGCUGAAGGAGGACCAGGAGAAGGUGCAGAUGUGGGAGCAGACCGUGAAGAAGGACGAGAGCGAGAUCGAGAAGAUGAAGAAGGAGGAGCAGAGACACAUGAAGAUCAUUGAUGAGACGAUGGCUCAGCUGCAGGAUCUGAAGAAUCAGCACCUGACCAAGAAAUCGGAGGUGAACGACAAGAACCACGAGAUGGAGGAGAUCAGGAAGAAGCUGGGGGGAGCCAACAAGGAGAUGACUCACCUGCAGAAGGAGGUGACUGCGAUCGAGACGAAGCUGGAGCAGAAACGCAGUGACCGACACAACCUGCUGCAGGCCUGCAAGAUGCAGGACAUCAAACUGCCCCUGCGGUCCGGGAGCAUGGAGGACAUCAGCCAAGAGGAGGAGGAGGCAGUCAGCAGUUCUCAGAAGGCCUCCAGCAGCCUCCUUGCGAAGGAAGCGUUGAUCGAGAUUGAUUACAGCGACCUGACAGAGGACCUGCGGGAUGCCCAGUCGGAUGAUGAGAUCAGGAUGGAGAUGCACGCCCUGCAACAGAAGCUGAACGAGCAUCAGAGCAUCCUGCAGAGGAUCUCCGCCCCCAACAUGAAGGCCGUGGAGAAACUGGAGAGCGUGCGGGACAAGUUCCAGGAGACCAGCGAUGAGUUUGAAGCGGCUCGUAAACGCGCUAAGAAAGCCAAGCAGGCGUUUGAGCAGAUCAAGAAGGAGCGCUUUGACCGCUUCAACGCCUGCUUCGAAUCCGUGGCGACGAACAUCGAUGAGAUCUACAAAGCACUGUCCCGAAACAGCAGCGCCCAG